AACAGGACACUGCCCUCAAACUACAACACCCCCCAAUCAAGAUUGCCGGCAAUCGAGGUCACCACAUCACUCCCGAUGAGAGCAACAACAACACCAAACUGCUCAUCUUUUCCUCGCUGCUCCCAGAUCUUUCUCUUCUUCAUCUCAAAUCGGAUAGCCACCAUCUCGAAGAGGAUGGUGGCUAUCGAAGUCGAGAUAAAGAAGAGGAAGAUAUGGGAGCACCGUUGAGUUCGGGGGUGAAAGAGGAAGAGCCAACUGUCUUGGUGUUACUGCUACUUUCGUCGGAGAAGAAACUCGUUGAGAGUGAGGUGGUAAUGGCGAUGCAUGCUAGUGAUGGUGAAGAACAAGAGGUCACGAACAAAAUGGGGGCUAUCGAAGUUGAGAUGAAGAAGAGGAAGAUAUCGGAGUAGCCGUUGUGUUCGGUGGUGAAAGAGGAAGAGACAAGUAGCCCAGUGUUGCUUCUGCCCUCGUCGAGAGUGACGGUGAUGGCAAUGCUGCUGAUGAUGGAGAAGACAGUAGUUCGCGAAGACCAUGAUGGUUGUUAAAGUCUAGAUAAAGAAAAGGAAGAUAUGGGUUUGGUUGGAGGCAUGUGGUUGGACGUGUUUCAACAGAGGGAGGAGAACAUCGGGACAAGGAGAAGUAGCCGGGGGAUGAAAAAGGCGGUCGAAGCUCAUGGUGGCGCCGAUCGAAGACGGAAAAAGACAUUGCUCCUCGGAGGUGGCCGGAUCAACUUCUAUUAAAUGUAGACUCUCCCUUCCGAGUUCGGAGUCGGAGCUUUGGAUCUUUGAUGGUCUCCCUGAGAAUCCUGCUCAGAGCUCAGGCGAUCUCCGAGCUCCAUCACCCAAGAUUCCCGUCUCUGGAAUCCCUUCGUCGCCUCAUCCAUGUAUCCAGGCACAGUUCUGUUCCCACUUCUUCUUCUUCUUCUUCCUCACCUCAGUCUACAGUCAGAGCUAUCUGUGCAAUGGUCUGCGAGUCCUUCUACAAUCAAGCCCACGUGAGAUCAUCGUCCCCUCCCAGGCUUAGUUUGGCCAUCACUUCUGAUUCUUUGACCCACGAGCAGGUCAUCACUGUGGUCGCUUCUUUGGCCCAUGAGGCCGGUUCCAUGGCGGCGCUCAGCUUCUUCUACUGGACAAUUGGGUCUGAUAAGUUCGCCCUUUUCAUGAGGCUGUACAUAGUCUGUGCUAAGUCUUUGAUUGGGAAUGGUAAUUUGGAGAGAGCCCGGGAAGUCGUGCAGUGCAUGGUAAGGAAUUUUGCCCACGUUGGGAGGUUGAGCGAGGCCGUCGAUAUUUUGUUUGAGCUGCAGAGGGAGGGUUUUGUUCUCACCGUCCCAGUGAUGAAUUUCGUUGUAGGUUUGGCCUGUGAAUUGGGGCUUAUUCGGUAUGGUGAGAAUGUGUUUGACGAAAUGUGUAAGAGAGGAGUUUGCCCUGAUGCCAUCAGUUACAAAUCGAUGGUCAUUGCUUAUUGUCGAGCGGGUCGGGUACUUGAAGCAGAUGCUUGGCUCGGCAAGAUGAUAGAAAGGGACUAUCGGGUAGAUAAUGCAACUUGUACCUUGAUCAUCAGGGCAUUUUUGGGCAAGGGUCUUACGCACCGGGCAGUGUGGUACUUUGAGAAGAUGAUUGAGGCGGGUCUGAAACCGAACGUGAUCAACUUCACCUGUCUCAUUGAUGGGCUGUGCCAAAAGGGCCACAUCAGGCAGGCGUUUGGGUUGCUUGAGGAGAUGGUCAGGAAAGGUUUGAAGCCCAAUGUUUACACUCACACGGCCCUCAUUGAUGGUCUUUGCAAGAAGGGUUGGACGGAGAAAGCCUUCAGGCUCUUUCUUAAACUUGUCUGCAGUGAGAACUACAAACCAAACGUACAAACAUACACUGCCAUGAUCAGUGGAUACUGCAAGGAGGAGAAGCUGAAUCGGGCAGAGAUGAUGUUCAGGAGAAUGAGGGAACAGGGAAUACUUCCUAAUGUUAACACGUACACGACACUGAUUGAUGGCCACUGUAAGGCAGGGAAUUUCGAGCGAGGGUAUGAGUUGAUCGAUUUAAUGUCUGAAGAGGGUUUGAACCCUAGUAUCUGCACAUACAAUGCACUUAUCGAUGGACUGUGUAAGAGGGGAAGGUUCGAAGAGGCUAAUAAGCUACUUAAGAAAUGUUUCCAAAGAGGUCUUGAACCUGAUAUGUUCACAUACACUAUUCUCAUACAUGAGCUGUGCAAGAGGGUGAAGACGAAGCAUGCCCUGGCACUCCUCUGUAGGAUGGAUAAGAUUGGGAUGCAGGCAGACAUUCACAUAUAUACAAUAUUAAUUUCUGCCUUUUGUCGGCAGAAGAGAAUGAAGGAAAGCGAGCAGCUCCUUGCGGAAGCCAUCAGGCUUGGUUUCUUACCAACAAAGGAAACUUACACAUCUAUGAUAUGUGGGUAUUGCGGGGACGGAAAGGUUAGUCUGGCAGUUCAGUUUCUCCAUAAGAUGAGCCGCCAUAAUUGUGUCCCUGAUAGCAUUACUUACGGUGCAUUAAUCAGUGGGCUCUGCAAGGAGGGGAAGUUGAGUGAAGCGAAGAGGCUCUAUGACACAAUGAUAGAUACAGGGCUUUCUCCAUGUGAAGUUACUCGAGUUACAAUAGCUUAUGAAUACUGCAAAAGAGAUGAUUCGGCAACUGCUUUGCUGCUGUUAGAGACCCUAGAGAAGAAAUUAUGGGUUCGAACAGUAAACACACUGGUGAGGAAGCUCUGCAGUGAGAAGAAGGUAGGUAUGGCGGCACUAUUCUUCCAUAGGUUAGUCGAUAAGGAGCCGAGAGUCGAUCGCAUUACCUUAGCCGCAUUCAUGACUUCAUGUUAUGAGAGCAAUAAGUAUGCUCUUGUUUCUGAUCUUUCUCAGAGGAUUUCUAAAGGAAUUGGGUGACAAUUCAUAGUUUAGUGGUGGAGUUCCCUCUGCACUUGCUAGAGCUGCAGGUUGAUCAAUGGUGCAAGUAGAUUAGCAAUUCUUAGGAGUUGAACGACUUGGGAAAUAAUCUUAGGGGUCAAGCCGUGAGCAAACUUUGUUAGGCUGAUGUCUUUGUUGGUUUCCCCUUACAAAGUUUUAUUUGGAGCAGAGAUAAAAUAGCUCAACCACGCAGUUUGCCAGCAAAACUCAUGUAAAUCGGUUUAUGGCUUUCAACGAAGGUAAUCGAAGUGAUUUUCAUACCUUACCCAAAGAGAAGUGAUUGUGAUACAAGAAGGGACUGGAUUAGGGGAUCGGAAGGCCCGUCAAGGAUCAAAGGUUUCUUAUGGUCAGGGGGUGAUCUUUGAAAGGCCUGUCAAGGAUCAAAGGUUUCUUAUGGUUUGGGUGGUGAUCUUUGAACGCUUGUUGAUCAUCAUGAGCCAAGGAAUUGGAGCGGCACUUCUAUUAAGGAUCAUCCUAGCCGAGAAAUUACAACAUGUUCUUAGAGCAAUCAAUCACGUUAUAGAGAAUGCCAAGCCAACUGUGGACUGAACAGAAGAUUGUGGGCCUUACAGUUAAACUGCAGUGGGUGUCUGGACAACGUGGUAAGGUUUCAAGUUUGUGAAGAUUGUCGUGAUUGGUAUAUAGCUUUUGUUUUAGAUGUCUGUCAUGUUCGAUUAGAGUGGUCAUUUUAUGUCGAGGAUCCAUCUCCAAAAGUUACUGGGAAGGGUCCUCUUUAUUGUCUCUCCCCCACACGAUUAUUUGGGCGCAGAAAUCACGUUACCAAGUUUUUUUUUC